UGGACAGUUCAAUUUCUGUAGGCGGGGCCAUUUGUGCUGUCAGUCACGUUUUCGUCCAAUCAGAGAUGGUCUUUGUGUUAUCAGCCCGCCCCCUUCCACGUCGACCUGCACCUUCGCCAUAUUUUCAACCCUGUGGAUCCCGCAGACUUGUGUCCUCCUCUAAGUUACUAAGAGAAGACUGGUAGGGCAGCAGAACGCGUCAGUUUGAGUUGGAGAAAAACCUUUAUCUUCCCAGCUCUGUCCGCUUGUAUUUCCGCUCCGCAACAAUGAACAUCUUCAGACUGACAGGAGAUCUCUCUCAUCUGGCUGCUAUCAUCAUCCUGCUGCUUAAAAUAUGGAAAACCAGAUCUUGCGCAGGCAUCUCUGGGAAGAGCCAAAUUCUCUUUGCCCUGGUGUUCACCACACGCUACUUGGAUCUCCUCACCUCUUUCAUCUCGCUGUACAACACAUUCAUGAAGGUAAUAUACAUCGGCUGUUCGUACGCCACCGUUUACCUGAUCUACAUGAAGUUCAGGGCCACCUACGAUGGAAACCAUGACAGUUUCAGGGUGGAGUUCCUGAUUGUUCCUGUUGGGGGUCUCUCUGUUCUCAUCAACCAUGACUUCUCUCCCCUUGAGAUCCUUUGGACGUUCUCCAUCUACCUGGAGUCCGUGGCAAUCCUGCCACAGCUCUUCAUGAUCAGCAAGACUGGAGAGGCCGAAACCAUCACCACCCACUACCUGUUCUGCCUGGGCCUGUAUCGGGCCCUCUACCUAUUCAACUGGAUUUGGCGUUACUACUUUGAGGGUUUCUUCGACAUGAUCGCUAUUGUGGCUGGCGUGGUCCAGACUGUCCUCUACUGUGACUUCUUCUACCUUUAUGUUACCAAAGUGUUGAAAGGUAAGAAGUUGAGCCUGCCGGCAUAAAGACAGACUGGAGGAGACGGCAGUCCCAGCAGACUCAGGGGGUGCAGAGAUGACGUUGUGGAGUCUCAUGAACGACAAUAACAGAUGCCUGAAACAGCCAACUAUUGGGGGGGAUAAAAACACUAGUCGUCUUGAUGAUUGCUCAUGGAACUGGUAAAUGCCAACAAAACACCGGCGCUGAACAAAGAUCAUCAACUUUUGGAUUUCUGUGUUCAGCAUGUUGCC